UCCCUUUUAUGUUUUUCUGUCAUCUUCUAUUUUGUAAAGGUGCAUAUUAUUGUGGUAUUAUUUCUCUUCCUGUCUCGUUUAAUCAGUAAAAAGUUAAUUUUUCUCAUACUGAGUCACUGAAUGGCUGUCAGCAGUUUCUUUGUUUAUUAGACACAGCUACAUUGCUUAACCUUGUUCUUAUCUUUUGCCCUUCAUUGCCGGGCCAGCAGUGUUUUCUUAUCAACAAUGCAGCUCAGAAUGCACUCUCUGAGCAUGUAGCGGCUAUCCUUCGACGUCUUACAAAGCAGAAUUUGAAACUCUUUGUAAAUAAGGUCAGAUCGCCCAUUUUGCUGCACAGCUUGGUAUUGCGAUGUUGUUAAUGGUAAUAAUGCGAGUUAUCAAUAAACCCUCAAAAUUGUGUCAGCAGCACAAGCAAAGCCCAACUUCAUUUAGAAAAAUGGACACAUCAUUCGUGGCCACAUCCGUCUUUAAGCAUCAAUCCUUAUAACAAGACUGAUGAUUGGUGUCAGAUUCUUUGUGGCUUGUUCUCUCUCAUGGUCCAUUUCUGUAUUUAAUCUGUGUGCUUCUGGCCACACCCCUGUCCAGAUGUUGAGUAGAUAGAUAUAUAGAUUUCAAAGAGGGUGCUAAGUAAUAUUUCCUCUGUUAACUAGAAAAGAAGUAAUAAACUGGUGAAUGAACUGUUGAAUGAAAUGUCUGCCCACUGACUCUCCGAGGCACCAUUGUUCAUUAUUCACACUUAAACUGCAGUGAUCCCAUUAUAGCAUGUGUACAUACAGAGAGACAAUAUGAAAUAUCACUGUAUUACAAAUAAAAGAAGAUUCAUCUCAGCCCCAUUGAGAAAUGUUGUUUCCAUAGCAACAGGGGAAGAACGAUGGUUAAGCCAGAGAGACCUAGAGAGGGAGUGCACUUCUUUAUAAAGAAAGAGAUGCAUGAAGGGGCAUCAACGCCGGCGGCUUAACCACCUCCUCAUCUCCAUAUUCUCCUCCUCCUCUCAAUAUCCAAUCUCCUUCAGCGCUCCACCACAUCACACAUACAGUCUUUCCCCACAACACCCACACAAACACAGGCACGCACAUUCCCUCUCCAUUCUCUCUCUCUCAUACACUCCCUCCUGCCUAGAGAUCUGAAGAUGUGACUGAGGCUGGUUUGUAAUCAGAUGAAAGACGAGUAUAAUGCCGAAGCUCCCUCCAUCUUUUUCACUGCUGGAGCGGGGAUGCUGAAGGAGAGGACAAGGGCCAGGAUGGUGACGUGUGACUGAGAGAUCUGUGCUGACGGAGAUUCUGCCUUUAUAAGGACCGGGACUGACGCUGUACUUUUGGGAGUCUGGGAUGACCACAGAGAGUGGACGGGUGAAGACAGGGCUGAGAGGACAUCACAGGGAGCUUCAUCUGUGACUGGGACAAAAGCAGAUAUUCAAUGGCAGAGGCUGGGCACACUGUGUCAAUCCCAUCAGGGGACACAAUCCCCUCAGACCCUAUUGUCACAGUUGAGUGCGGUUCAGCAGAGGUGAAGCCUGAAGAUGCACCCCUGAAGAGCUCCAAUGAAGCAUCAUACUCCUCAAAAGACCUCAAGGAUGGCAGCCAGGUUGAUCAACAUGAUGCAAGGGGUCACGGUAUUGCUGAGACCCACAUGUCUGACGAUGUGUGUUUACAGUCACUGAGCGAUCAGAAUAAACAUACAUGUAGCUGUUCACUGACAGUGCACGGGGAACAUGUCUUAUCUCCUCACAAGGACCUUAAAGAGCACAGUCUGUUAUCAAUACAGAAAAGCCACUCAGACAGCUUGCAGAUUUUUAAAGAGGCUGACGCUUCUCCUCUCUACUGUGAAACGGAUGCGUCUUUUUGCCAAGGACGAGACCAGGAUGUUUGUAUGCAGUCAUUUCCUUCUUUAGUGUGUAAACAGGCCAUGCCGCUUCAGCAGAGCAAUACUAUGACCACGUCCACCAGAGCAGGAAGCAGUGGAUCGGCCAGCCCAACUCAACCAGCCAAACAUGGCUUCAUUCAGAUCUGUGAAGUCACUCCAGCGUCCACCUGCCCCAAAUUCAAAGAAGCUGGUUGUUGUAACACACACUUCCCCAACGGAGCUGUCGAGGACACUUUUGCGGCAUAUUGCCACCCGCAACCAAUUCCUGCUCCGGCGCAGCUGCUUCCGCACUUAGUAGGAAUGGAGGAGAGCUACAAGGGCCAAGUAUCAGCAGGCAACCUGCUCGCUCUCCCUCGGCUCAUAUCUUCCGUCAGUGAGACCGGAUUGGACGGUAAGCGACUCCUUCGCUGCUGCAAUCUGGACUGCUCUUGGCCUGGUCCGUUCCAUCCAGUUGGUGCCCAACAGUGGGUGGAUGAAAAGACCAAGAGGGAAGUGGGGGACCAUGACCGCAGAAAAAGAACUGAGAGAUGUAGGAGUGCAAGUGGGUCGGGACUCUGAGGAGCAUCCCCAGCACGUGUUCCCAGAAGUGUGCCUGGUGGAAGAGAAGACAAACGCGAGUGGCAA